AUGGCAACAGACAUCCAGCUGAUGCUCAGCAUCACGACGCGCACGGAAUUCCUCGAUGUGCGCGAUAUCCACGAUGGUGGUGACAAACUGUUGAAGACGUUGCCUGCACCUCCGACCUCCGCAACCGCGAUCGCCAUCCGACUCGUCCGUGCCGUGAGCGUGCAGGCCUCCGACUGCGAAUGGCGGGUCACGCUACCCAUCCGACCUGGGGACGUACGAUCCACCGUUCGUCCUCGAGACAUGCAUGUCGACGGGCCCGUGUGGGAACCACCCGUGCUUCCCUGUGACUCGUCAGCGACCAUUCGCGGGAUGGAGACACUAUCUACGCCGCGCGAAGACGCGGAACGCGCAGGCGCAGGAGCUAAGCGUUGCGUCCAAUGUGUGCAUUACGCAGCGACACUACGCCUUUCGGUUCCUCGCAUCGCCCUGACCGAGAAAAUCGCGCGGGAUUCAGCUCCAGUGCGUGGCAUUUAUCCCUUCGUUAUCACGAUCGUGCCGGACUGA